AUGGCGCCCCCUCCUCCAUCCAACCUGCCCUUGGCCGAAAGGCUGAAGGCUCUCGCCCAGACAUUGCAGCACGUCACCCUGCUGGUGUCCGUCUUUCGCUAUCUGCUCUCCUACGUCACUUUCAACUACUACUCCUCCACCGCCCAAGUAUCAUACCGCCUCGCCUUCUUGUCCGCCGCUGUGACAUAUGGUAUCGUGGUGUACAAGGGCCACAUUGCUCGCGGUCGUCUCCAGGGCAGCGUCCCCAGCAUUGCGUUGAAGCUUGCGGGCGAUGAGAAUGUGCAGUACCUCGGCAUGGCAUUGGUCUGGCUCUACUCGCGCCAGAUCCCUCUGGCCCUUCUCCCCUUCAGCGUGUACUCUGUUUUCCACGUUGCGACCUACUCUCGCGCUCAUCUGAUCCCUACCCUGCAGCCUCCCGCCCAGGCUGCUGCGUCUCCGACCUCCCCCGGUUCUCCCAAGCCGGCGCCUAAGCAGUCUGCAUUGGCGGAGACCAUCGGUCGCUUUGUGAAGCAGUACUACGAUGCGAGCAUGGACCUUGUCGCCGGUCUGGAGAUGGCCCUCCUGCUCCGCUUGGCGUUGUCGAUCGUCACCUUCUCCAAGGGAAGCAUUGUGCUCCUGUUCAUCUACCUGGCUUUCUUCCGCGCGAGAUACACCCAGAGCUCCUUCGUCCAGCAGGCUGUCCGCCACUUCACUGCCCGAGUGGACGCCACGGUGUCCCACCAGAGCACUCCCCCCGCCGUGCGUCAGGGAUGGGACACGUUCAAGGGUUUCGUGCGCCAGGGUUACGAGGCCACGGACAUGAGCCGCUUCACGUCCGGCGCGGCUAAGAAGCCCCAGUAA